CAAAAUCAACUCUCUUUUUCCCUUUAAUUUUUGUAUACAAGAGAGCAGAAACAUAGAGCAAGGUUGAGAAGAUGGCAAAACUAGGUGGCAUUUUUUUGCUCCUCACCGUCGUGGUUGCUGCCGCCGUGCCACAAGCCCAAGGCCUCCAUGUGGAGAGUUGGGCCACCAGGCUUAAAGCUAAGAAGGAGACCGUAACCAACCUUCAAUUCUAUUUCCACGACACGCUCAGUGGCAAGAACCCAAGUGCCGUCAGGGUGGCUCAGGCUGCUGGCACUAACAAAUCUGCUACUCUCUUCGGGGCUGUCAUGAUGGCGGAUGAUCCAUUGACGGAGGGGCCUGACCCAAACUCAAAGCUUCUGGGGCGAGCCCAAGGAAUCUACGCCUCAGCCUGCCAGGAAGAACUAGGCCUGCUCAUGGCAAUGAGCUUCAGCUUCACUGAUGGUAUGUACAAUGGCAGCUCCAUUAGCAUCCUCGGCAAGAAUCAGGCACUGAAUGCGGUUAGAGAGUUGCCGAUUGUCGGAGGUACCGGUCUCUUCCGGUUGGCGCAGGGAUAUGCAUUGGCACACACUCAUUGGAUGGAUUUUACCACUGGUGACGCCAUAGUUGGGUACAAUGUUACAGUUGUUCACUAGGCCAAUUAAUAUUUGAGUUGGCAAUUUUAUGGUCCGGAUUGCCAAUUCAGAAUUAGUAGACGAGACUUCCCCACCUUUAGGGGUAUGCCCUCAUUUAAUGGUUUGUGGUUUAUGUAGUGCCGUCCUUCAACAACACAUUGUUUACAUUCUAUGGUUUCUCUCUUUUUCUUUUAUGUGCUUACGGAUUCAAUAAGUUUAGACAUGAUAU